GAAAAAAAAGAGCAGGGGGAGAAAGAAAGAAAGAAAGAAAGAAAGAAAGGUCUACACAGGAAAAAAGGUGGUCCCACUCCGAAAACACCGUUUCCAAGCAGGCAGUCUGAACUUAAACCUUUACAGUGUACAGUAUCGCUUCUUCUGUGAAAAUAUACAAAUACACUAACAAGCGUUAUUUUUGGACUCGGCAUGUUCAUGUUAGCAAACACUAGGGGAAUACCAUCUUUCUAGUCGGAUUAAAGUUUGAGAAAUCUGCGGUAAAAUGGAGAGAAGAGCUGAAAGUGGGGUGAAGAAGCUGGCGCUGGGAAUCUCGCCUUAUUAUUUACUGUAACAAAAUCCCUCUUAAGAUUGACAGGACAGUUUCACAUUGCCUGAAUUUAGGAAGAUUCUGAGGUGCCAAUUGGAGAUAUCACUUAGAGAGGGACUGGAAGAUUCCCUUUGUGGCAUUUGCUGGUGUUGCACUGCACCUUGCACUGAUUGGAUGUUACCUGGGAGAUGAGGAUGUGCUACUGGCACCAGGAAGGAAGGAUUUUGAUGUGAUGGGGUGCAGGACGAGCAAAGUCCUUCCAGAGCCACCCACUGAUGUCCAACUAGACCUGGUCAAAAAGGUUGAGCCUCAUCAGACUGAUGUCUAUAAAAACUUCAUCAAAAGUGAAGGUGGCGGGGAGAAAACAGGCUCGCCAUCCCCUCAGGUUCAAAGCCAGGCUGCUGCAAAGGUGAGUCAGUCCCCACCACCAGUUAACAACCAGCCAGAACCCGCUGACCCACACAGGAAAAAAGUUGCCAAAUACAGGGCCAAGUUUGACCCUCGUGUGACAGCUAAGUAUGAUAUUAAAGCUUUGAUAGGUCGGGGCAGCUUCAGUCGGGUGGUAAGAGUGGAGCACAGGAGCACGCGGCAGCCGUAUGCCAUCAAGAUGAUCGAGACACGUUACCGUGAGGGCAGAGAAGUAUGUGAAUCUGAACUUUGCGUUCUGCGACGUGUGCGCCACACCAACAUCAUUCAACUGAUGGAGGUGUUUGAGACGGCAGAGCGGGUCUACAUGGUAAUGGAGUUGGCCACCGGCGGAGAAUUGUUUGAUCGCAUCAUCGCUCGUGGGUCUUUCACAGAAAGGGAUGCCACACGGGUGUUGCAAAUGGUUCUUGAUGGGGUGAAGUACCUCCACACAUUGGGCAUCACGCACAGGGACCUGAAACCUGAAAACUUGCUUUACUAUCAUCCGGGUGCUGAUUCCAAGAUUAUGAUCACAGACUUUGGCUUGGCCAGCACGAGGAAGAAAGGCGAUGAAUGCCUGAUGAAGACUACCUGUGGAACACCAGAGUACAUUGCACCUGAGAUUCUCGUACGGAAGCCAUACACUAAUGCAGUAGACAUGUGGGCACUGGGAGUCAUCUCAUAUAUAUUGCUCAGUGGUACCAUGCCUUUUGAGGAUGACAAUCGCAUGCGCCUCUACCGACAGAUCCUCAAAGGGAAGUACAGCUUCUCGGGGGAGCCAUGGCCAAGUGUGUCCAACCUUGCUAAGGACUUCGUCGACCGUGUCCUCACGGUGGAUCCUAGUGAACGUCUGACUGCGGGUCAGGCACUUAAACACCCUUGGAUCGUCAGCAUGGCUGCUUCCUCCUCCAUGAAGAACUUGCAGCGUUCCAUUUCCCAGAACCUCCUGAAGAGAGCGUCAUCACGCUGCCACAGCACCAAAUCAGCUCAGUCCACUCGCUCCAGUCGCUCCACAAAGUCCAGCAAGGCACGGCGUGUUCGCGAGAAAGAGCUGAGAGAACUCAACCGCCGUUACCAGCAACAGUGUAAUGGUUAAGGGCAAUGUACAAGUCACACAAUGAGAAACCAGACUACAUGUGCCCUACUAGUCUUGGAGAACAUUGGAGAGAGCAUGACAACAUUGUGCCUCGACUCAGAUGUCAACUUCCUGCACCAUCAACAGAGCCAAUUAGCAGAAAACCUCCUUCUAAAAUUUCGUCCGUUUUCUAUUUUUCUGCUGUUUCUUUCUCUUGUAUUACCUUUUAUGUGAGUUUUUUUAUUUAUUUAUUGUUGGUUGUAUUUUCGUUAUGUUGUCUUUGAAAUUGUCUCAUUGCCUUCUACCUGAUUGUAUCUGUUGAACAGAAUUUUACAAAAGUUGCUGGAAGGACUAAGAAUAUUUGUUGGCUGUUCUAGACAGCCAUGUAGGCUGUCUAGAAUAAUAAUAUUGCUGUGAAUUAUUUGUUACGGUAUACCCACACAGUUGAUUGCUCUUCUGAGAGUGGAAAUGUGCUGUUUAUUCAUUAUUGGCACCACAUCAAAUGGCCUAGUGAUAAUUAAAUGUGUCUUACCAUUAUGUUUGCACACAAGGAGAAUUAUACUGUUGGUUAUUGCUUUGGUGUAACCACACAGACCACAUUUAUUAUGAUACACAUUCAGAAUGGCAAUCUGGACAUCAGGGCUAUGAACCUGGAUGGCUAAAUCAAGAAUAUCAGAGAGCUUAAAGCACUACUUUGUCCAAUAAGUCUAGUGUUUAACUAACUAGGGGCUUCAACUGUUCUAUCUAGUCUCCCCUGGUAGACCCCGAUCGGUUGUUAAUAUCUGUCAGAAAGUAUGCAAAAAGAGUAGUGAAAUAGGGAUAGUUCACCCAAAAAUGAAACAUUGUUAUUAUUCACUCAGCCUCAUGUUGUUCCAAACCCACAUGACUUUCAUUCUUCUGUGGAACACAAAAGUUAGACAAAAUGUUAGCCUAAGUCACCAUUCACUUUCAUUUGCGUCUUUUCUUUUAAUAUUUUUUUGGUGAAUGGUAUCUGAGGCUAUCAUUCUGCUCAAUAUAUUUUGUGUUUCAUUGAAGAAAAAAGGUGUAUGUGAUGACCGGUUGAUGAUAUACACAAAGGUCAUGACAUACAUUCUAGUAAUUAAUCAUACUAACUGAUAUUGAUAACUUUUCAAGAGUGGGGUGGCUCAGUGGAUGAGAUUUGGAAGCCCUUUCUUUAAAUCCUACUUUGGUUACUUUCUCUGUCCCCAGCUGUUGUUCCUUGAGCAAGGCACUGAACCACCGUGAAGGCCUUUUGGCAGCCUUUUCACUCUUGGUCCCCUUUGUCAGAAAAGAGCAGAGAUAUGCCAAAGAAAUUCACACGAGGAACAUUUGUUGAGAUCGGACGAAUGAUUCCUCAUAAAAAAAAAAAAUUAAAAAAAAAAAAAACUGUUAAAACUGUGAUGAUAUGAAGCCUUCUCAAAAUAUAUGUUCUUAAAUCUGUUCUUUAUGUCAUUUUAUAAAAUCAUAUAUAAAAAAAUGAAAGGGAAAAUCAGUGUGUGUUUGUGUUGUGUCCUGUUUCACAGUAAGCCUUGAAUUUGUUGUUGAAACCAGUUUUAAAGAUAUUCUGGGAAAAGAAAUGGCAAUAUCACAUUGGUUUUGGAUACUUUAUUUCAAUAACAGUAUUUGACAAAAUAAUUUUUUUUUUUGGUUUCUUCCACAUUCUUCUAAGCUUGUCUAAUAUUCUCAAACAAACUUUAGAAAAUUAUUAUUGUCUUAUUUUGGUUAGAUUUAUGAGUUAAAUUCAACAAAACUUGUGAAAUAUUACUAGAUAUUUUCUUGGUUCAAUACAAGUUAAGCUCAAUUGACAGCAUUUAUUGCAUAAUGUUGAUUACCACAAAAAAUUAUUUUGACUAUCCCUGUUUUUGUUUAAAAAAAAGAAGCAAAAAUCGAGGUUACAGUGAGGCACUCACAAUAGAAGUGAAUGGGGCAAUUUGUUGAGGGUUUAAAGUCAGAAUUUUGAAUCUAAUUUAUAAAAUCACUUACAUUAAUUCUGUUAAAACUCUAUAAAACUCUGUAUUAUUUGAGCUGUAAAGUUGUCUAAACUGUCUUUUUCACUGUAAUUUUUUGUUUAGGGCAUUAGGUUGUCAUGGCAAUGAAGUUGUAAAAUUGGAAAUAACUUUACACAGAAAAGGUUAGUAAGCGAUUUUGUACUUUUGAAACUGAGUGUUUUAAUGUUUACCAAUUGGCCCCAUUCACUUCCAUUGUAAGUGCCUCACUGUAACCCAGAUUUUUGCUUUAUUUAUUUUUUAAGAAAAGGAAGGUCAAAUUUAAGUCAAAAUUAUUUUUUGUGGUACACAAAUGCCGUCGAUUGAGCUUAACUUGCAUUGAACCCAGAAUAUUCUUUUAACAUGUCAUUUAAUGUUGCUUGAGCGGUCAUUUGUGAGUGGUAAAUCAGCCAUACAGUACUUUUUUAUUUUAAUUCAAAAUAAUCCACUAAAAAGCUUUUAUAAAUCUCAAAAAUAACAUAAAAAAAUGACUUCAUUCCAUAAUUAUUUGUUUUUGGGAAGACCACUGUUUGUAUUUCUAUAUACCCCAAAUAAUUUAUCUCAAGAAAAGAGCUAUUUAAUAUUGCUUGUUUCAAUUUAUCUGAUUUUCUAGUAAGUCAGAUUGAGACUUGUAAUGCUCAAACAAGUGCAUAUAUAUAUAUAUAUAUAUAUAUAUAUAUUAUUGUGUCACCAACAUGCAUGUAAGAAUUGUGUCUCUGUAGCUACAGUUGAACUAAUACUGCAACUGUUUUCCAUUGUUGAGUUCAAUCUAACACUGUCUCUUGAAAGGAAAUGUUUUGUUUCUGUUUUUUUCCUUUUUUAUCCAUUUUUUUUAAUGAAGAGUAAUGAAAGUGUUCAUUAACAUUUUUCAGAAUAGUGAAAUCAAUAAUAUUUUGUAAAAUGUUGCAAUUAAAGAAUCUAAAAACAAAUUUCUUGCCAUGCCCACUUCAAUUAACUUGCUAAUCUCAUUGUUGUGAAAAGGUUUCUGUACAAUUCAGAAUGUGAAAGUUUAUGUAUUCUUAAAACUCAGCCAAAGGUUUGUAUGUCAGACC